AUGAUAAACAACAACAACCAGACAUCUGGACUUGAUCAACACACUAAUGUACCGCCAUCAUCAGCCGGUGUGAAUCAUCAUCAUGCUCCGAAUUCAAACAAUCUGUUCCUUUACAAAGGAUUUCUUCCGUUGGAUCGAAAUGAAUUUCCAGUUCACUUUGUUCUUCAUCAAAAUAUGAUCACUGACAAACAUUUUCUUCCUGAACAACUCUUUCAACUAUUUACACAAAUUCUUACAUUUGAAUAUAUUAGAAAAAGACAUACCAUUCCGAAGAGCCUCCUUUUUUCAUUAGAAUAUUUUUAUGAAAGAGAACAAAUGAAACGACGAAAUAUCAUUCCAAAACAAAUCGAUAAGCCUUUCAAGCAAUUAUUUGACAACCCAAGUCUAUUUGAUGCAGUAGAAGCGGCAAUUGUCAGAGAAUACAUGCACGGUGAUGACCGACCCUUGACAGAAAAUGAAGGGACUAUCGAAACAAUUCCUCAAGUUUUAUCUUCCUCAAAUAAUGCCACCACUUCAACCUCCUCUCCAGAAACAAUGCAAUCAAGUGUGGAAUCAACCUCUUCAUCGUUACCAACCCAUUCUCAAUCAAAUAAGAGUUUGACAACUGUGGUAACCUCUGAAAAACAACCAGAAAAUCCAUCAAAACAAGUCACAAGCCUCAACCUACCAUCUUCGAAUUCUCCCAACAAGAAAAAUGAAGACCUUCAAAAGGGAGAUUCAUCUCAGCAACAACCUUUAACCAAGGCAUUACAAAAUAAUCAACCUAAUAGCUCACAAAUUGGUAUCAUUCCAAGCUCUACUCAAAUUACACACAAACAAAUUCCAAACAAUACCCAGAAAAUCGUAUCAUCAAAUGCCAGUAAUCCUCUUUUAAAACAAUUAACUCCAAGGCGUGUUAAGCAGCAAGCUAACCUACGAGACACACAACUAACAUUAAUAGGACUCGAACUUAUUUCAUAUACGUGUGAAAAUUACCCAAAAGGAAAUCAAAUAUUUAAAUCCUUAAUUGAAGAGCCUAUUCCAAAUCCUAUGUUAAAACGCCCAGCAUCAACAAUGGAACAUAAUGUCACAAAUAAUUCUAUACCAUUAAUUGUGUUGUCUGAUGAAGAGAAUGAGACAAAGCCUCCUCCUGAAAAAACCAGAAAACUCGAACCUCCACAAAAUUCAUCUCAAUCACAAAACGUUGCAACAGUGACGAACAAGACCCAAGACAAUUCUGUCACAUCUUCUAAAAAACAUACAAUUAAUAAUUAUGAUCCGAACAAAGAAGCCUCUACCCUAAUGGAAUUAUCUCCGUCUGAUGAUGAGGAAUCGACAGAAAUAGUUUCGAAAAAAACAUCAAAGAAAACCAAGAAGCACCGUACCAGCAAGAGAAAGCCCAUUCAAAAACCAAAACAGCAAAACAACGAUAUCUUCUUUAUUGAGUACAUAAUUCGGAAAAAGAUUUUGGAGAAAUCAGAACCAAUUUAUUUUGUGAAAUGGUUAGGGUAUGCAGAAGAUAGUAAUAGCUGGGUUAGGGAAAGUGACAUUUUAGACGUCAACUUGGUAACAAGUUUCAAAGGUGAGGUGAUAUUUGAAAAUGAACGUGCCAAAAAGAAGUAUGAGGAACAACAGAAACACAAAGAAUUUCAAUAA